AUGAAGGGACACUUUUCCAUUGAAUGGCUAUCCCAGAGCAGUCAGGCUGCGUGCAGCUCAAAAGCCACUUCCAGCCCUUGGAUCUCUACCGGCACGUCUGGCACGGUUCCCGAGAGCCUUCCCGGCUUCUACGGCAGAUGGAGGCCAGACAGCACAGAGCCUCUGCAGAGACACACGGAGCAGCCUGCAGUGCUAUCACACGACCAUCCAACAUCUACAAAGCAAGAAACUGUCCCUGAAAACCCGACAAACCUCCAACAUACCUCUUUCGUUCCAGAAGCUGGUUUCAGCAGUGGAACUGAAGAAGAGGAAACAUCGGGCUAUGAGAGUGAAGGAGGCCAGUCUCUCUCACCUGUGGCCUCAAAAGACACAACCUCAUCAACAUCGCCCUCUACUGGCCGUAGGCCUCGCACUGCCUUCACAGCCGAGCAGAUCAGCAGCCUGGAGAGAGCCUUUAAGAGGAAUGCUUAUCUCGGCACUCAAGACAAGGCAGAGCUCUGCAAGAGGCUUAAUCUAUCUGAUAAACAGAUUAGGAACUGGUUCCAGAACAGGCGCAUGAAACUGAAGAGGACGGUACAGGACGCCUUGGCUCACGCCUGCCAGGCUAAAGUGGCUUCUCAUUUGAUGCAUUACCCUGAGCUCCAGACUUUUCGUCCCGGCCCUUACCCCGGCUAUUACCCCGCACAGGAGAACCCAUCUCUCUACCUGUGCCCUGCCAACCUUCACUACAACCCUGCCUCAGCCGGAAGCAGCAUCUCCGCCCUGCCAGUGGACACGCUGUACCAGUAUAACAGUUUACAAAACCUGACUGCAGCCCCUGCAAACUCCACCCUGGUGAACCCAUACCAGGCUUUCCAACCGUACUACAGUUCUCAAUGA